CGAGUCUUUCCGCGCUGACGUAAACUGGCGUGAUCGUUUAUCAACGGAACGUCAAGUUAAAUGUUAAAAUGUCAAGAAACGAUGGGAGAGAUGACACAACGGGCACAGCAUUCCGAAAAAUUGAUGUAGAUCAAUAUAAUGAUAACGAUUUUAAAGAAGAAGAAGCAGACGGUGGAACGACAGGACCAACCGGUCCGGAUGAAAACGAAGUUCUACAACUCCUUAGUCAGGGCAAAUAUGCAGAGGCACUUGUAACCGUUCUCAAAUCUGCUCCACUUGGUUGUAAAAACCAGCAAGUCAAGGUAACCUCAAAAUCUGUUUAUCUUUAUUUGUUUAAAUGGCUGAUAACUUACGACAGCGCGCCAUGUGAGAGCAGACUGUGGAUGUAG